AUGGCACAGCUCGGGGUGCGUGGCUGCACAGAACUGUGUUCAGGCAGCGCGGAGUCAGAGGAUGUGGUAAUAGAACCCCCUCCCCUGCGGUGCAGGAAGCUCAGUAACCCUGAUAUCUUUUCAUCCACUGGGAAAACUAAACUCCAUCGUCAGCUAAGUCAAGAUGACUGCAAACUACGGAGGGGUAGCUUGGCCAGUUCUUUGUCUGGAAAGCAGCUGCUUCCUUUAUCAAACAGCGUGCACAGUGGAGUGGGACAGUCGGUAUGGCAGCCGUAUGGAGAUACCUCAAACCUGGUCCGUAUGAGAAACCAGUCCCUCGGACAGUCUGCCCCCUCUCUGACUGCUGGAUUGUUCCGAGUUGUUGAUUCCUGCAGUGUCUUUAUAGUGCUUUGGCUGGCAGAGGACAUCCUUACACUUCCCAUGGGCCAGGAGCCUAUCUUCUGCCAACUUCACCUGGAUUUCAAAUAGAUGCACCCAACUUUGCUAGGACAUUUAGUGUUAUAUGUUAAAGGUGCAGCAGC